AUGCUUGUGGUAGGGAAUUUUGAUCAUGCGUUAGGUGAUAGAGACAUUAUUGUCGAAAAACAGUCAGGUAAACUGCAAUGCAUUAGUGAACUUCAUCCUUCUUAUCUUUCAUUGCAAUAUCUGUUGUUGUUCCCUUAUGGGGAGGAUGGUUAUACUAAAUUUAUAGGUUUUUCCGAUUCUGCCGCUUCCUCAUUGAGCAACAGAAAGAGAGUUAGCCCUAAAAAGUUUUAUUCGUACCGCAUUCAUGACAGAGUUUCCGAGUGUUCUAUUAUUUUGUAUGCGAGGCGAUUGUUUCAACAAUUUAUUGUUGAUGCGUACACUAUGAUUGAGUUUGGUCGUUUGGCGUAUGUACGAACACAACAGAAGAAAUUGCAAGCUGAAAUUUAUAGCGGGUUGGAGGAGGCCGUUCUACAUGGUGAAACUGAUAGUUCCAGGCAUGGAAAACGAAUAAUCUUGCCUUCCAGUUUUGUUGGUGGUGCCCGAUAUAUGAUUCAGAAUUACCAAGAUGCGAUGGCUAUUUGUAGAUGGAUUGGCUAUCCUAACCUCUUUAUAACAUUUACGCGCAAUCCUAAAUGCCUGAGAUUAGUAGUUAUUUACACCAUUGAGUUUCAAAAGCAUGGAUUGCCACAUGUACAUAUUUUGCUGUUUUUAAGUAAUGAGGAUAAACAACCUCAUCCUCGACGCAUUGAUGAAAUUAUAUCUGCUGAAAUUCCAGAUCCAUUGAUUGAUCCCUAUUAUCAUGAGUGUGUCAAAGAAUUAAUGAUGCAUGGGCCAUGUGGUGUUGUGAGAAAAUCGUCCCCUUGCAUGCGUGAUGGACGUUGUACUAAGUAUUAUCCCAAGAAAUUUGUUUCUAAUAUAGCGGUUGAUGAUGAUGGUUAUCCAAUUUAUAGGAGUAGAGAUAAUGGUCGGUUUGUGGUGAAGGAUGGUGUACCUUUGGAUAACAGAUAUGUUGUUCCUCAUAAUCGUUUUCUCGUUAUGAAGUAUGGUGGUCAUAUUAAUGUUGAGUGGUGCAAUCAGUCCCGGUCAAUCAAGUAUUUGUUCAAAUAUGUACAUAAGGGUUAUGAUAGGGUUACAACAUCUUUUUGCCAAUCUGGUGUUGAUGGUGUUGAACGAAAUCUUGAUGAAGUAAGUUUGUAUUAUGAUUGUAGAUAUGUAUCAUCCUGCGAAGCUGCUUGGAGAAUUUUUGGGUUUGAAAUUCAGUACAAGGAUCCUUCAGUUGAACGGUUGAGUUUUCAUCUUCCUAAUGAACAACACAUCAUUUUUGAUGAAGCUGAUUCAUUAGAUAAUGUUAUGAGUCGGAGGACCAUUCAUGAGAGUAAGUUCUUAGGUUGGAUGGAGACAAAUAAGAUAUAUUCUGAAGGAAGAAAUUUGACAUAUGGGGAAUUUUCGAGCAAGUUUGUGUGGAAGAAAAAUCAUUGGAAACCUAGAAAGCAACGUUAUUCGAUUGGGAUGUUGUUUUAUGUUGCCCCUGGUUAUGGUGAUAUGUAUUACUUGAGAUGUCUUUUGAAUGUCAUUAAAGGAGCUACUUGCUUUGAAGAUCUUAGGUUUGUUAAUGAUGUUCAGUAUGAUUGUCACGACCCUAUUUUUGCUGAGGAUAGCAAGAAUGGGUAUUUCGCGACUAAUAGGGCGAUUAAAGAAACGAGGAUAGAAAGGGGGUAG